AUGGCGCAUGCUCGUCGAGCUGGUGGCUCGGGUUACACAAGAGGUCUCAAAGGCAUGACGCCUAUUCCGGUGAUUACAACUGCUCUCCUUCGAGUAGAUGCGUCCUCCCAGGUCUUCACCUCGGUCCAUCUUCUCAUUGUUAGGCUUGCUUUGCUGUCCAAGUCGUACAGCUCCGUUCUCCCCAUUCUUGACAAGCAGCAGUGCCAUUUUCCUUGCAUUUCAGGGCAGAUUUAUCAGAAAAACAAUCAGUCACUGUUGUGCUCAAUCCACACUUCAAGCGCUGCGUUUAUUACAGAUGUCUCGGGAUUCUCCUCGAAGCUCACAUACAAACAUCACCUUCAAUAUUAUCUCUACGGGGGUAUGAUAUACUUGGCCUUGAAGAAAUGGGACAAAGCUCUUCACUUCUUCAGCAUAGUCAUAUCAUCACCCACUGGAAGCUCUGUCAGUAAGAUCAUGGUGGAGGCUUACAAGAAGUGGAUCUUGACCAGCCUGCUUGCACAUGGAAAGGUAAUGCGAUACUUUGCCGCAAGACCCCGUUUCAAACUAAUACGUUGUUCAAUUCAGAUAAUCGCUCCCCCCAAAGUCAUUUCUUCCAGCACCAUGAGGAUUUACCAGUCAACUUCCAAGCCAUAUACCUCUCUAGCCAAUGCCUUCGAAAAGGGUGAUCUGAACACGCUGAUGUCCGAAUUUGAGUUGGCACGUUCUGUCUGGCGUACUGACAAUAAUCUAGGCCUCGUGUCACAGGUCAUUGACGCUUUUGACCAGUACAUGGUCAUGAAAUUAGGGAAGAAAUUCUCUGCUCUCGCAGUCCCAGAUGUCGCGCAGCAGGUCGUAUCGUCUGUGGGAACUGACCCUGACGUUAUUGAGACACUCGUAGCGUCUCUCAUCAUGUCCGGAGCUUUGGACGCGAUGCUUCUCCACAUGGACGAUCACCGUCGAUCUACAAUGCUUCGGUUUUCGUCUGCUGCCAUGUCACCUAUCUUCCAGGAGCGGUCUGUACAAGCCCAGUUGUUAAAGGAGAUUCAUGCCCUGGGGCUUGUCACGGGAAACACCGGUCUAUCAAACGACGCACUAGAGCUGGGUGACGAGCAUUUACGGUUCUUGCAGAAAACCCAGAGAUGGCUCGAUGAUGGCGAUAAGAGCCUUCCUCCUACAGGAGGCAGUGGUUUCGAUGUGGACGAGGAUAUCAUGGGUGAUCUUCACUAG